CCAAAAAGCUGUAGAUAAAGUUUCAGUAACAAAAACGCCAGGAGAUCAGAGGCGACCCCGUUUUUGUAAUUUCAGCUCCAUAAUUAAGGCCAGAAACAUUCCCAAGAAAAUCAAAAGGGCAUUAAAUUACAGUCUUUCCGUUUCUUUUCGUCACUUUUGCGGCAAGUACACGCACAAUCCCUUUGCUUCUCUUCUAACCAAACCAAAGCCUAUUAUUCUCAAUUCCCUUAAAUAGCCCCAGCCCAUCGUAACGGAAGCCAAGGCCACUGCUGUAAUUGCUGUAAGCUUUGGACUGAGACCACACAUGGCGGUUUCUGACGCAGUCGUCGGGAACUUGACGACGAUCUACGUGGCAAUAAUCGCAGGGAUCAAGGCGUAUGGGCUGGUCGUCGGCCGGAGCUUCGGCGGCGGAUUUGUGCUUGUUGCGUCGACGAUCCUGGUGGGACUCAUUCUGAUUGGGACGCUGACGUGGGACGUCUCACGCAAGGCCACGUAUGCCGUAUCACGUGAUCAUCACGUCCACGUCAAUCAUGAGAUGUGCAAGGGUGGCAUCUGUUGGCACGGCGUGGCCGUCCGAUCGCCGGCUUCUCAGGUUCGGUUCAGGCUCCCCCAGCAACUCCCCUCCGGUCCUUUGUGAAGUGAGGCGGUUAAAAGUAGGAAUUGUAGAAUAAUGGAAAGGUUUUGGCUUUAUUAAUACUGUAAGAUAUAUAGAAUCUCUCCUUUUGUUUAACUUCAGUUGGCUUUGCCUGUCGGAGCCACGAGGUGUUUGCUUUUUGGACUGAGAGGAAUAAGUAUCAAGUGUGUGUAAAUAAAUCAAUAACCAAGUGUACACAAUAUGGGUUUUGUUUUUGUCUACAAAGAGUGCUCUGUUUUUUUCCUUCAACCGUCGUAUACGGUUCAUACUUUGUCACAGCAUUGCGUGAGGAAGCAAAGCAAUCAAAGGAAGACGGAGUAAAUGAUAGAGAGAGAGAGAGAGAGUUUUCGUCUUUGGGACGGAUAACUGUAGUCCCCGAAUUGCUUGGUCAGGAAGUGCAAAGAUAGUUUUUAGUUAU